ACUUAAAAUGGUCCCUCAAAGGAUCUGUACGCAAAUUGUUGAUGAGAAUAAAUCAUUUAAUAAGGAUAUACCUCAAUUCAUGCGACAGGUAAACUUGGCAGAUGCUGGGUUUAAUUAUCAUGUAGUUGCUGUCUUGGGUUCUCAGUCUACGGGCAAAAGUACGCUAUUGAACCAAUUGUUCGGUACAACGUUCGAUGUUAUGGAUGCUGGUAAAAGACAGCAAACAACAAAAGGUAUCUGGCUGUCAAAGGCUCAAGAAUCUCCCAUCCUUGUUAUGGAUGUAGAGGGAACUGAUGGCCGUGAACGAGGUGAUGAUCAGGAUUUUGAACGAAAGUCAGCUCUAUUUUCGAUCGCUACUAGUGAAGUAAUCAUCGUGAACAUGUGGGAACAUCAAGUAGGGCUUUAUCAAGGCUCUAAUAUGGUUUUACUGAAAACUGUGUUAGAAGUCCAUCUUCAACUGUUCCACGCAAAGAAAGAAAGAAGCUUACUUCAAUUUGUAAUUCGUGAUUACAUAGGCACUACGUCUAUGGAAAAUUUGUCUGAAACGAUAAAGACAGAUUUGAUGAACGUCUGGUCUUCGCUAGCGAAACCCCCUGGCUUGGAAAGUUCUAAGAUUACCGACUUCUUUGACCUUGGAUUUACUGGGCUUCCCCAUAAAAUACUUUGUUCAGAAGCAUUUGAUACAGCGGUUGACUCACUUCGCACAAGAUUUGCGAACAACGAUGCUCCCGAUUAUGUAUUUGAUCCUAGCUAUCACAAGCGUAUUCCUGCAGACGGAUUUUCUCUGUAUACACGAGAAAUAUGGGAAACCAUUGAAAAUAAUAAAGAUCUUGACUUGCCCACACAACAGCAGCUUCUGGCACAAUAUCGCUGUGAUGAAAUCAUAGCCGAAGCUAUGGAACCUUUUACGAAAGCUUGUAACAUUUUACAAAGUGAAUUCUUACCAGGAAACAUUUGUGAAAACUUGCCAAUUCGUAUGCAGGAAAUGUUUGAUCAAGUUAUGAAAGAUUACGAUCGACAAGCUAAGAGGUAUAAUAACGCCAUUUAUGAGAAAAAGAAACAAGAAUUAUUACGGAGCGUGGAUACAUCUUUGUAUGUCUUUUUCCAGGCUCAAUUGAAUGCUUUGCAAAAAGAGUUAGUCAGUUCAUUUAUGAAAACGGCCGAAAAUUUCCCGUGUAACAGACCAUUUAAGGAAUUAGCUGCUAAAGAAAUCGAAAAAUCUAAAACUCGUAUGCAAGAAGAGGCUCAAUCUCUAAUGAUUGCUAAUAUUGAUUGGGACUCAAAGCAAUUCUUGCUUAAAUUAUCGGAAGAGUUAGAAAGCUCUUGUAAUUCUGUUUGCAAGCAAAAAUUGUCUUCUAAAAUAACAGAAAUGCGUACUACCCUGGAAACUCGGGUUGCGGAAUCACUUGAAAUUGCACUUCAAAAGCCUAAUCUUAAAGUUUGGGAUGGUUUGCUCGAUGAACUUUUGACAAAUCAAAAGCAGGCUACGGAUGAGAUUACUCGUCUAUUUCCUCUCUUUAUGGAUUCAACAGAACCGGAAUUAAACCAAAGCUACAUUCAUGACUUUAAAAAAGACUCAUGGAUUGCAUUUCGGAAGAAGGUUGCGCUUGAAAUGUCUGAUGUUCUUCUUCAGCAGCGAUUGCGCAUGUUUUUUGAAGAAACAUUUCGAUAUGAUUCUGAUGGCAUGCCAAAGCUCUUCAAAAAGUCAGGCACGCUUGAUCGCGAUUACAGAGAUAGUGUUACCAAGACGUUGGAAUUGAUACAAGUUCUUUCCUGUAUCAAGUAUUCGGAUGGAAGAAUUCCUGAACUUGGAAUUGACGUGAAAGAGAUUGAUUCCUCAUUUUCAACUCCUACUGAAUUUUUGACAAUUUUAAAUCGAAAGCGAGUCUCAAGUACUUCUGUAAACCUUAAGAGAACAGCGGAUUUGAUAUAUUUGGAUUGUAAGCGAUCUCUCGUGAGUACACAAACAAGGAUUCCACCAUACUUUUGGGCAUUGCUUUUGGUACUUGGAUGGAACGAAUUAAUGGCCGUUCUUCGAAACCCCUUCUUUUUUAUGCUUCUAGUGUUAGGAGGGUCCUUAUUGUAUAUUCUUUAUGCGACAGGAAUGAUAGGGCCAGCUAGAGUUAUUGCCAAUCGAGCAGCUGCCGGUGUGGUGGAUUAUGUUACUGAUAAGGUUACAGAUUCCUAUGAAGAUCGCACAAAUAUGCAACGAGAAAGUAGCUUUUCAAGAGAAAAUUCCUCAGAAAAAACGAGCAUAGACGGUGAACUAGAGAAAGCCGCUCUUUCCUAAGUGUUUUGUGUGGACCCUUUUUCUGCUAGGCCUGCGCGAUAUUGUUUUGUUGAAUGAAGUAAGAUAUAUGUAACGUAUUUUAUUUGACUUUUAUGCUCAAACAUGAUUUUCGUUCAUGAGUUAAUAUACAUGUUGUUAAAGUAUUACAGAUAGAAAAAAAAAAUAUCCUUUUGUUUGUCCCUGCAGUAUGAUUGUGAUUCUAUGGUUUGUAUGCUCAAU